UCUGCUCUGGGAACACUCAGACUGUCCGCAUACUUGGCACGUUCGCUGAAUUCGUUGCGCUGAGUCGAGCAACACUCCUCCCACUCCAGAGCUUCUUUUCAGAGAGGAAACUGGUUUUAAUCGAGUCGUUCACGGACAGGGCACCGAGAAGGGAAGAUGAUGGCUUACGAGCCGCUGCGGUCGGCGAUGACCAUCGGUAGCGCGGAUGACACGUCGCUCGCGCUGCCCUCCGAUAACAGGCUGCGCUCGGGACAACAGCGCGUGAUGGACCAGGUGCACACUAUCAAGAGGAGCAAGUCGAAACAAGGGAAGAACAGCACACUGUCUCCUUCACCAACAACCCCGAGCCCUCACUCUGUGUCAACAUACGAGUUUGGAACAUUCAAGUUUACUCCAUCCAAAGUAAAUGGCAACGUCAGCCGCUCCCUCUCCACCAUGUCAGCGGGCUACAACAGAUCAUUUUAUACUCAGAAGAGUCGCACUCUGUCCAGUAAAUCCAUGGGGCAAAGAAAUGUCAGCAACUCCGGCAUAUGGGAACACCAGAUCAAUGCUGCCAACUGGCCAAAGGGUCCCAAUGGACUGAAACCCAGUCGCAGUGACCCUGCCUUGGCUCCUUCAUUUUCCAUCGUUCCUCCCACUGUUAUGAGAGCCAAAGGCCAACAAACCCUGAUGACUCGUGUUAAUAGACACAGCACUCUCUCAAUGCCAAAUGGCACUCUAUUGACCAACAGCCAGACACGCAUCGUGCAACCACCCACUUCCCAAUAUCAAACCGAAGGCAGGAUGGGAACAAUCAAAGCAAUCAAGCAAGAGCAGGUGUCCGGCACAGUGAACAUGUCAGACCUGACCCUGAAGGAGGCCGUAGAGUUCCUCAGUCACUCUGAUGAAAAUUACCAACAGUGUGGAGCGACCUUCAUCCAGCACACCACCUACAAGGAGGAGCGCGCCAAACAGGAGGUUUACCAGCUUGAAGGUAUCCCUCCCCUGGUGGCCUUGCUCCGGAGCCCGCACCCUGGAGUGAGCCAGGCUGCUGCAGGGGCUCUGAGGAACCUGGUUUUCAGAGACCACAACAAUAAGCUGGAGGUUCAACACUGCAGUGGCAUUGCUAAGGCCUUGCAGCUGCUAAAGGAGACAGAAUCUACUGAGACCCAGAAACAAAUCACUGGUCUGCUGUGGAACUUGUCCUCUGCUGAUGAGCUGAAGGGAGAACUGAUAGCGACAGCUUUGCCCGCUCUCACUGAGAAUGUGGUGGUGCCAUUCACCUGCUGGUCAGACAACAGCACAAACAACAACAUACACCCUGAUGUUUUUCACAGCGCCACAGGAUGCCUGCGGAACCUGAGCUGUGGUCAGCAGAGGGGGAGACAGGCAAUGAGAGAUUGUCCCGGCCUCAUCGACUCCCUCAUGAGUUAUGUCCAGUCCUGUGUGGCAGAGGAAAACCCUGAUGACAAGUCUGUGGAAAACUGUGCAUGCAUCCUCCACAACUUGACCUACCAGCUGGAGUCUGAGUCUCCUCAGUGCUUCAGCAAGUUCCAGCUUGCGACCUCUGAAGAUAGGAAAAGCCCCACAAUCGGAUGUUUCAGCCCUAGGAGCAGCAAGGCUCAAAAGGAGUUUUCUUUCGACAUGUCUCGGGGAAUGCUUGAUGGCAGUGCCCCAUCAGGUGUGAAGUGGUUGUGCCACCCAAAGGCCAUGCAGACCUACCUGUCUCUACUGGGGUCAUCACAGAAAGAUGCCACUCUGGAGGCUUGCUGUGGUGCCCUGCAAAAUCUCACUGCCAGCAAAGGACUGGGCUCCAGUGCCAUGAGUCAGAUUCUGGUUCACAAGCUGGGUGCUCUGAUGCACCUCGCCCCUCUGCUAAAGUCUCCAAACUGCAGCCUGCAGAAGACAGCCAUGUCUCUGCUGGGGAACAUGUCCCGCACCAGUAGUUUGCAGACUACAAUGGCAAAGCAGCUUCUACCUGAGCUCACCAGCCUCCUCUCCUCUCGUCCCCGAGAAAUGGGUAACUCUGAUGACACUGUAGCAACAGCUUGUAACACAGUACGGAGUUUGAUGAUGGCUGACCCUGAGGUCAGCAAGAAGGUCAUAAACAGCGAGCUGGUGACAUCACUGGCAGAUCUCAGUGAGAAUGGGUCUUUAGAUAAAAGCAGCAAAGCAGCUUCCCUGCUGCUCUACAGCAUGUGGAACGACAAGAGCUUGCAAGGAGCUGUUAAAAAGCUGGGUUUGGGCAAAUCCCUUUUUGUUAAUGACAACACCACAGCAGUGCACAGGUUUGCACAAGUCAUCGAGUGAGUGUUGGACAGCACCACAGCUCCUGAGAGAUGGAAACCAGCAUGUUUAGACACUGCUGUGGACACACCCUCGCAACAAGGAGAGUAAAAUUACAUUCUUCACAUAACCUUGUUGAAAGAGCUUAUCAAUUAGGAGAUGAUCAUUUGUAAUACAUACUAGAGAGAAAGCUUCUUAUUUCAGAAAUAACCCUGCUGUGUUUAAUGUAUUUAAUUUGGAGAGAAAUUAUGUUUGUGUAAAUAAAGGGGGGUGAGUGUUUUAGGUGAAAGAGUGUGUGAGCUUAGACCAGAUCUUACUGCACGACAGUCCAAAACAUGUGGAGAGACGACGUCUGAAGUGAAAGUUACUUAAGGUGUGCAAUGAUUGUUUGCUUCAUGAGUGGCACUGUUGGAAAAUGUCAGUCUUGGAUUGAAAUGUCUUUUAUAGCCUUGAGGAAUUGAUCAGCCAGAUAUGAAAUUAAUAACCAGAUAAUCUAAGAAAAACACAGUGUAUUUUACAAACUGUUGCUUUUUGACCAUGCUGCAUAAAUAUAGUUUGCAAUAACAACAACAAAAAUAUUUCCUUUUUAAAGUGUCUUUCCUUGCUUUGUUGACGCUUACAUUAUUUUAAAUGUGCACAUAGUAUAUGUAGGAUUUUUAAAACAAACAAAAAAAAGACCAAAUUUGGCUUUAUGAGGUUUCACAUGAUAUAAUUGCUGCAUUUGUAAAGUUAUAGAUUUUUGUGAUAAUGUGUUCUUUGUUUAUUUCUUGUUAAAGAGCCAAGUUUGGUUAAUAACAGCUUUAAAAAGUUCCUUAACUGUAAAAGGAAUGGUUCGAUAGUUUGAUGAGAACACUUCUGGGUUUCUUGCCAAAGCUGGAUGUGCAGCAAAUUAAAGCUAUAACUAUCUACUGAGUACCCUAGCUUAGAUAAAAAUAAAGGCUUUGAAUAUGAGAGAACAGCUAGCCUUGCUCUGUCAGAAGGGUACAAAACCUGCAAACAUUCUUUAAAAGGAACCCAGCAUGAUCAGACAUUCACUUUAUUGGAUAGAUUUUUGUAUCUGCCACAUGUAUUUUGAGCAAGAAGACUAUCUAGAUAUCUGCAUUUUGCAUAAAUUUGAACUGAUAAACUCACCAGGAGGUUGCCAAGGUUGUGUGAUGUCACUUUGCCACAGCGGUCCCCGGUGUACUUUGGCUUAACUAGCCGUUUCAGACUACUGGCAGCCUGAGGACUGCAUCUCACGCACUGAUGCACUGGUCUCAUGCUCGUAGAAUUUUGAAAUUUUAGGUCUUGUCUAUUUUUUUGCACACCACUAACAGCAGCAGUCAAAAUAUACAGGAAAAUAAUAAUUAAAGAGCCAUAUUUACCUUUUUGUGGCAAAUAUGUACAUCCACAUUUGCAUAAUAUGUCUGAAAUCUGUUCCUUUACAAACCUAAGCUUCUGUUUGUGAAGCUUUCUGUCUCCACACCAGUGCGAUAUGUAACAGGUAAAGAUAAACACAGUUCGAAAACACUUCCAGUUUAUGCUUUUUAAAGUAAAAGCCCCUCUUUAGUGUUUCUUUAAAGAAAUUCCUUUCCUUUGUUCAUAAUACUUUUAUUUUGGAAAGCUCCCAGCACGGUUCAACUGUAUACCGAAUCGAGUCACUUUAAGGGAGGCUUAUGAGGUAAAACUUAGAAUGACGGGUCUCUGACAGCAGGGAGACAAAGCUAACACGCAGUAAACUUGUGCCUGGUAUGAAAAUGCAUGAAGGAGCAGACGCAUGCAGCAAAUGCAAGCAGCAAAACAGGCUGCCAGUCUGAAACAGCCGGUUACUGCGUAGUCCGAGUCCGAGGAGCACUGUGGCCAAAUAAUGCCCUGCUACCAGUGCAGACCAAAACAUGUCGGGCCUCCUGGUGACUUUAUAAGCUCAAAUUACCCAAGAUGUAGAUAUCUAGUAAGUUUUGUUAUCAGUAUACAUUUGAGAGAUACAAAUAUCUAUCCAAUAAGGUGAAUUUGUGGGAUAGGAUCAUGUCAGGUUCCUUUAAAAAAGCAUACUUAUUAAUAAAGUAUAUAUGGUCAGAUGUAUGCAUAAAACACUGAAGUGUUACAUCAACAUCCUGUUCUGAGCUUUGCCAAAAACAGCUGGUAGUAGUCUCAUAUUUAACAUGACAGCCAUGAGAGUUGUUCAUCCUUUUUAUGACAAGAAAUGAAAGAAGUGUAUUUCUGGAAACAUCAAGCUAUUGCCUGAAAAGUGCCGUAUGCUAAGAACUCUGGUUAUUUCUGUGGAUUUGUUAUAACACUGCAUUUGGAAACUUAAACUUUUGUUUUAUAUGUUUGUAUUUCAUGUUCGUUUUCUUGCAUAAACUGAGGAAUUGGAGACAGAGAAGUAUUUGACUAAAGUUCAGAACAUAUAACAACUUUAUAUACAGAAUUUUUUUUAGCUUUAUUAUAAGGUCUUUCCCUGAAAGUUACUGACAUUCAGACUCAGUUUUGUUUGUUGAUGAAUGAAAAAAUGUAGUGUAAAACAAGAGAGCCCAUUGAAGUGGCUGUGGCCUCCUGUGGAGCUGCACAUUCAGAAUAGUUUAAGUUUUUUCAUUUCAUAACAAACACGAUUCUUCAUUCAAAACUUUGAUAUUUACAUUUUUUUCUGCUCUACUUGUAGGGUUUUAAGGUCUCUUUACAGGGUUUCUGCUUUAUCACAACACUUUACCACAUACAAGUUUGACAUCUUAGAAGAUCUCAGACAGUUUCUAAGGACCAGAGGUCUAAAAUCACUUAAGUUGUCUUGUGAAGAGAGGAGCUGUCUGGCAUCAGAGGGGAUUUCUCACAGCUCCCACAGUACACCACAGAGGACUGUUAUCCUGCUUGAGACUUGUAGUCAUUCUGAGGUUCAUUUGCCUCCAGAAGAUUGAUGACAGUAUUUCCUAGAAUGUAUUUUUGGAAAAAUGUGUGUGGCGUAUAAUUAGGAGCUUUUCCUGUCACAGAAUAAAUAACAGAUUUGAAGACAA